GAGCGCUUAAUUAUCAUGACAACUCAAUGCAAGGCCCGUGAGUAGGUGUCCGGCCCAGCAGAACCAACAAAAUCAAAGAUAAAACCUAGUAGGUGAUAAGACAAAUUGUGACCGUCCAUGGAAAGCACACUCAAGUCAUAACCAAGAUGGGUCGAGCAAGAAUAGCUUAAGAAGAAGGUUCUUGGUUGUUGCAGUCAAUUUCUUGGACCAAACUGUGUUUAAGUCACAACCUUAGCUUAAGCUUGUAUAUCAAUUCAGGCACCAUGGAAAUGGGCAGCACCACUUCUUCAAAUGGGACUAGCAGCCUAAUGUGGUUUUUCAAAGAUAAAGGCUUUGAUGAUAAUAGCAUUAACGAAAUGUUCCGUAAGUGCAAGCGCCUCGAGGGUGUUCGAAGGGAACGAGCAUCUGAAAAUUGGAGUUACCUUCAAAGUAUUGGAAUUCAAGAGCGGAAGCUACCUUUUGUAAUCUCAAAAUGUCCCAAAAUCCUGACGCUUGGCCUCAAUGACAAGCUCAUUCCGAUGGUGGAGUGUUUAUCUACGCUCUCUACAAAACAGCGCGAAGUUGCUUCUGCUAUAACCAAGUUCCCUCACAUACUCUCUCAUAGUCUUGAAGAGAAGUUCUGUCCCCUUUUGGCAUUCUUUCAAGCAUUAGGUGUUCCUGAAAAGCAACUUGGAAAAAUAAUAUUGCUUAAUCCGAGGCUUAUUAGUUACAGCAUCGAACACAAGCUGUCAGAAAUCGUGGAAUUCCUUUCUGGUCUCGGCCUUGUGAAAGAUGGGAGGAUUGGUAAAGUGCUGGUGAAGCAUCCAUUUAUUAUGGGGUAUAGUGUUGAGAAAAGGCUACGCCCUACCUUGGAAUUCUUAAAAUCAAUUGGCUUGACGGAAUUGAAUGUUCAGACUGUCGUAAUGAACUUCCCUGAACUUUUGUGUAGGGAUGUGGAUAAGAUUCUCCAGCCCAAUUUUGUUUAUCUAAAACAAUGUGGAUUUCAGGAUAGACAAAUAGCUGCUUUGGUGACUGGUUAUCCUCAAAUUCUAAUCAAAAGUAUUAGGAAUUCUUUAGAACCUAGGAUUAAGUUUUUGGUAGAUGUUAUGGGGAGAUCAAUUGAUGAAGCUGCUGACUACCCUAUCUUCUUUCAGCACAGUUUGAAGAGAACGUUGGAGUCGCGUCACAAACUUUUGAGACAGAAGAAUGUAGACUAUAGCUUGCGGGAGAUGCUAGACUGCAAUCAAAAGAAGUUUUUACUGAAGUUUGGAUGAAGUAUUUUUCAGAGAUUAGUUUGUUGUUUGAGUUUAGGGAGAGUGAAUUUGACUUGUACAUCAAUUUGUGCAGAUAAAUGAGUAACUCAAUUUUCCUGACAUAUAUAUUUUGUGUUCUAUGUUUAAGCUCUGUGUAUCUGCAUGACCUAAUAAUGAAAUGCUUUGGUCUAUGGGAGAAUUUAUUUGGGAUA